AUGCGAGCCACCACAGCCUUUCAGGUUAUUGCAUUUUUGGCCGUCGGAGCUGCGGCCGCUCCCACCGGUCUGGUUCAGGCGCGGGCAGUCGAUUCCCUGGCCGUCGAGACGGACGACAUUGCCAGCAGCGCAGGCCCGAGGGCCGACGACAACGGCGCCGCCAGCGCGGGCCUCAAAGUCAAGCGCCAGCGCGAGUAUUGGUGCCCGAAUCAAGUCUGCGCCAAAACCUUUGCGACUCAAGAAGAAAGAGAUCAUCAUAUUGCAAACACGGUGCACCCCACCAACAGCAAAAGGGACGUCUUGCUGCAGUAG